CGCCGUUGUUUUGAGAAAGGGACAUAACUUCAUGACAAACUUACGUGGUUUCUAAAAUAUCACUGAGCGAACAAAAUCAUCGCCAGCAUCAGCGGUUGUAAGAUCUCGAACCCAGUUGGCCACCGAGCCCCCGCCUAGACCUCCCGAGAGUCUCACCAUGGGUGCCACCAGCAGCAGCCUCAGCGAGCUCUCGUCCAAUGAGUAUCUCCGGCGUCUGUCGGGGCCAGAACCUAUCGACCAAAUGGACCCGUUCUGGAACCAGCUUCUGUCCUUCUCCUUCCAGAUCCCUGUCUCCAGCUCUGAUGCUCGCCUGUUGGAGGAGUCGACAGACAGCGUAGCACGCAGCUUUGCCCUGAACAACUGCCACACGGGGAACCUACGGGCGCUCAUCCACAACUUCUUGAUCCGAGCGACGGAGCUGAAGGCUUCUGCCCAGUGUGAGGA